GACGCAGGAUGGAAAUCCUUUUUACACAUAAAAUUCGCAAAAGACUUCCCCAUCACUGCUCAUCUAACGACUGCAAGUCGAGGUUAAAAGUCUUUUAGCUAACGCUUGUUGACGAUAUUCCUUCCGGAAGUACACAAGACGGAAGCGGAAGCUCAGAUUUUUUUAUUGCCCAAAACAUUUUAAAAUAAAUCAGUAUCGCUUUAUUGCGACUGAACAUCAUAUAUAAGAAGAAUAAACAUAAACAAUUAAAUUAAAGUAAGUUCGACUCAUUCAUUGUAAGAUCUUUGUAAGACUGGAAGUCACAACAAGCAGUGCCGUCACACCGCAGGAGUGUCGUAAAUCUCAGCUAGCUUGAAGGAAUCGAGUAAAACAACGUGCUGUCAUCCGUUUCCAGUCUUAGCAAUAAAGACGUGACGUGACGUCACUGACAGUCGUAAACAACGAGCCUUCAAAAACUUUGAGCUGACUUCCGGUGCUGUAAUGAGCCACCAUGCGCCCAUCUUCUUGUGACACCUUUGUGGCUCUUCCCCCCUCCACGGAAGGAGCCCGAAUCAUUUUCGGAAAGAACUCUGACAGGCCGUGCGAUGAAGUCCAGGAGGUGGUUUGCUUCCCUGCCUCAGACUACCAAGAGGGGUCAAAGGUUGAGUGUACUUACGUGGAGAUCGAGCAGGUUCCCCACACUUAUGCAGUGGUUUUGAGCCGACCCGCAUGGUUGUGGGGGGCAGAAAUGGGCGCCAAUGAGCACCAAGUUUGUAUUGGCAAUGAGGCGGUGUGGGGACGAGAGAGCGCUGAUGGCGAGGAGGCUCUGCUAGGAAUGGAUCUUGUCAGGCUUGCACUUGAGAGGGCGGACACUGCUGAGAAAGCGGUUCACGUCAUAGCUGAGCUGCUGGAGAAACACGGCCAAGGAGGAUGCUGCUUGGAGGAAGAAGGUGGCUUCACUUACCACAACAGCUUCCUGAUCUCAGACAGGAAGGAGGCGUGGGUGCUGGAGACCUCCGGGAAGCACUGGGCCGCGGAGAGAGUGGAAGGUGGCUAUCGCAACAUCUCAAACGAGUACAGCAUCACAACAAAGAUUGACAAAGAACACCCAGACUUGCGCAAAUACUCACAGAGUAAAGGCUGGUGGAACGGAAAGGCUGAGUUCAACUUCGCCGCCGUGUACUCCUACACGAAGACAUCCAGAAUCGAAGACUCUGGCAGUCGAUACUGCGAAGGGAAGAAGUUGCUGGCAAAGAGCGAUGGGAGCAUUUCCGCUCAGACCAUGAUGGACAUCCUGAGGGAUAAAGAGAGCGGCAUCAAUAUGGAGGGCAUGUUCAUGACGACAGGCAGCAUGGUGUCGGUGGUACCAAUGGAUCGGGAUCUCCCGGGGGUUCACUAUUUCACCGCCACUCCAGAUCCUGAAAGGUCUGUGUUCAAACCCUUCGUUUUCACGCAAAACGCCAACUGCGCUCUGAAGCAGACCACCUCUCCCAGUUACGGCCCCGACGACCCGGUAAAGCGGAAGCCGCGCUUCCAGAGCAAGCCCGACCGAAGGCACGAGCUGUUUAGCAAACACGAGGCGGUGGCCGCCAUCAUCGACGCACACAAGGAGCGAGGAGGGAAGAUCAUGCUCGGCAUGAGAAAGCUGGAAAGUGAGAGAAUGAAAGCGAUGGAAGAGAUUCUCUGUCAUGGCGUCAAGCAGCCUGGCGUUGUGGUGGAUGUGUUCUCAAGCUGCGUGAAGGACGAGAUGGAGCUGUACAGCAAAGCCUUCUAACUGAAUGGACGCUGAGUGAGGACACUAUUAGCAAAUUCUACUGGUGAAACGUAAAGAAAUCAGGAAAGAUGCAAAAAGACAAAAAUACAGCAAUUGCAAUUCUAAGAUUUAUUUGCAACAAUUAAUUAACAAUAAAUACGCAGCACUGGCUUUAUUAGAAAUACUACAGGGUAUCCACAAAGUAUUAUGUUUCCACGCUGUCAUGUUCAAGAUAUCAAAAAAUUC